UAGACCUAUGCUAUGACUUGCAACGGGAUGACAUUUUUCUCUUCUAAUUUCAUGUUGCAAACUCCUCAUGAAGAAGAAGAUCACCCUCCUUCAUCUAUCAAUCCAAUCCUUCCGUCAUGCACUCCUCAAAACUUUCAUGGUGUGCCAUCAUUGCUAGGGAGGAGAUCCAUGUCGUUUUCCGGUAUUGAAAGGUGUGAAGAGAUGAACGGAGAGGAUGACUUAUCUGAUGAUGGAUCCCAGGCAGGUGAGAAGAAGAGGAGGCUGAACACGGAGCAGGUGAAGACAUUGGAGAAGAACUUCGAGAUUGGGAAUAAGCUAGAGCCUGAGAGGAAAAUGCAGCUAGCUAGAGCUCUUGGCUUGCAGCCUAGGCAAAUUGCUAUAUGGUUCCAGAACAGGAGGGCUAGGUGGAAAACCAAGCAGUUGGAGAAGGACUAUGAUCUUUUGAAAAGGCAAUUUGAAGCUGUUAAAGCAGAUAAUGAUAUCCUACAGGCUCAAAACAAGAAACUCCAUGAAGAGAUCUUGGCAUUGAAAGGUAGAGAGACACCAGAGUCCAUCAAUCUCAAUAAAGAAACUGAAGGAUCCUGCAGCAACAGAAGCGAGAACAGCUCUGAUAUAAAUUUGGAUAUCUCAAGAACAUCAGCCAUUGAUAGCCCUCUAUCCUCCCAUCCAAGCAGGCCCUUUUUCCCAUCAAUCAGGCCACCAAAUGCUGCCCACUUCCUCCACAAUUCAUCAAGACCCGACCUCCAAUGCCCGAAAAUUGAGCACAUCCCAGCCCCGGAUGACAGUUUCUGUAACAUGUUCAUUGGAGCCGACGAUCACUCCGGCUUCUGGCCAUGGUCAGAACACAACCAUUUCCAUUGAAUGCAUCAAUCCUCUCCUUUGAUCGUUACAACCGUCUCUACCCAAUUCAUGAUUCGCUUUGUCCCAAUGAAAAUCGAGAGAGAAACGGCCUACAUUUGUCUAUCCAUUUUCAUCAGCUCGAUUUCACAUCAUGGGUUGGUGUAUAGAAGCAUAUACCAGUUACGGCUGCGUUUGGAUGCCAAAUUCAAUUGAAUUGCAAUCAUUAUUUGAAUAAAAUGAAGAUGGGUCGUGCUCCAAAUUGCAACUUGGACUACUUUCGAGUUGUAGUACUCAAAAGGAAAUGAAUUGCAAUUCCAGGGAGGCUUGCUCGUCAUAGAAUACUAGAGAAUGUCAUUGCAAUUAGGUCAUUUCAAAAUUCUCCCAAAUUGAAUUCAGUGUGCAGCCAAACGCAGCCUAAAUUUGAGCUGGGCUGAAGAGAUGUUAAGGAAUAAAAAGAGGCAAGUGUCUGGAAUUAUACCAUCUUUCCCAUGUUUGAGAGAUGCUCUUCUGUUCGAUUAUUAUAUGGAUUUAGUAAUAUAUAUUACCUUUGCUAAGCUUGCUUUUGCUCUAGCAUAUGGCCCAUUAAAUAAAGAGAUCUUCACCUUA